CACAACUAGACAUAAGGAAAAAUUGCUACAAUCAAAGCAAUGCCUGAGAUGGGAAAAUGUUAUUUUGUGAAAGUUAGAGACAUUCCCAAUAACUUAGAAUAUGUUAAAAAAGAAAAAAAAUGGGAAAAAAAUGACAAAUGUCUCAUGUCCAAAUGGGCACAUUUUCUGUGAAAGGCAUUCGUGUUGUCCAUCCACUUUUGUUUUGAAAGAGCCGGGCGGAAGUCACGUGGGUUGUUGUUUCCAGCUUCACCUGCUCAGCCCGACUGGCCCUGCGAAGGACAAUGCGCCUCAGAUAGAUGCCGGACCUCCCCCGGGUCACACGCAUGUCCAGUGAAGCGGCUCCGAGAUAAGAGCGGGGUCCGGCCCGAGCCAUGGGGCCCACGGAGGUACCGGUUCGGCUGCUUGGAGCGCUCUGGUUCGGCUGCGCGCUGCUCUGCGCAGGCUGCAGUGAGCAGGCGGAGGUGCAUAUGGAGCGCAGGGGGGUCAUCUACAGCCCCUCCUGGCCUUUAAACUACGCCCCAGGGGUCAACUGUAGCUGGCGCAUCCAGGGAAGUCAGGGGGAGGUCAUCACCAUCAGUUUUCGUAGCUUCGACCUGGCGGAAUCGGGGAAAUGUUCCGGAGACUGGCUGCUUCUGGCCCCGACCGGGACCGGAGAGACCAGGCUGUGUGGCUCGGUUCUGCCUCCUCCAUUCAUCUCCACCAGGGGGCGCUUUUGGCUCUUCUUCCACUCUCAGGCCAACAGCUCGGGGCAGGCCCAGGGCUUCCGCCUGUCCUACAUCAGAGGUCAUCUGGGUCAGAGCAGCUGUCAGUCAGACGAGUUCCUGUGCGGGAACGGGAAGUGUCUUCCCCGCUCCUGGAAGUGCAACGGUCAGGAUGAAUGUGGAGAUGCGUCAGACGAACGCAGCUGCUCCCCGCCUCCCACGCAGUUCCACGCCGGCGUCUGCCCCCGCGGCUCCCCGCCCUGCACGGAGGCCCAGACCACCCGCUGUCUGCCCGGCACCCUGCGCUGCAACGGCGUUCCAGACUGUCCCGACGGAACCGACGAGCUGGGCUGCCCCGACACGUCCUGCGGGAAACACCUGGGCAACUUCUACGGCUCUUUCGCCUCUCCUGAUUUUUUCCGGGUGAACCGGAGCGCGGCGUCUGAGCUGAGGUGCUCGUGGCUGCUGGACACCCAGGACCCCAAACCCAUCGUGCUGCAGCUGGACCUGCAGCUGGGGCCCAGAGACUCUCUGCACGUGUUCGACGGGCCGCUGCAGAGGGCGGAGCACCUCCUCCAGGUGCUGUCGCAUCACAACAAUAGGCGGCCGGCGAUGCUGGAGUCCAGCGGCGGCCAGAUGAGCGUCCUGUACAUGGCGCAGCCUCACAGCCCGGGGCGGGGCUUCAACGCCACCUACCAGGUCAAAGGUUACUGUUUUCCCGGAGAGCGGCCCUGCGGAAGCGAUCAGGGCUGCUACUCUGAACACCAGCGAUGCGAUGGCUACUGGCACUGUCCCUCCGGCCGAGACGAGGAGGGGUGCUCCAUGUGUCCCGACGGGGAGUUCCUGUGCGACGCCGGAGGCGGACUGUGCUACCCCGCGUGGGAGCGCUGCAACAAUCAGAAGAGAUGUCCGGACGGGUCUGACGAGAAGAACUGCUUCGAUUGCCAACCGGGGAACUUCCACUGCGGGACCAACCUGUGCAUCUUCGAGACGUGGAGGUGCGACGGCCAGGAGGACUGCUUGGACGGGAGCGACGAGAGGGACUGCCUGGCAGCCGUGCCCAGGAAAGUGAUCACCGCCGCGCUGAUCGGCAGCCUGGUCUGCAGCCUCCUGCUGGUCAUUGCCCUCGGCUGCGCCCUCAAGCUGCACUCCAUGCGCAGCCGAGAAUACAGAGCUUUUGAGACCCAGAUGACUCACAUGGAGGCGGAGUUUGUUCAGAGAGAGGCCCCGCCUUCUUACGGUCAGCUGAUUGCCCAGGGUCUCAUCCCUCCAGUGGAGGACUUCCCGGUCCAGAACCCCUCUCAGGCCUCCGUACUGCAGAACCUGCGGCUGGCGAUGCGCAGACAGAUUAGACGCCACUCUUCCAGACGCUCCACUUUCUCUUCGUCUCGCCGCCGUCUCGGCCGCCUGUGGAGACGUCUGUGGAGCCGAGAGGGUCAGGCGAGAAGCAGCUCCCUGCUCCCGGACCCCCCGGGGUCAACACAGAUCACACUUGGGCUCCACAGCUACAGAACAGUGGGAGGGGGCGGGUCCAGAGCCGGGUGCGAGGACGACGAAGGGGGUCCGCAGAGAAUCUGCUGCUCCGCCCGGUCGAACCAGGAGCCCUCCUCCCCGGAGAGCCCCCCUUCGCCUCUGUCCUCUCGCUCAGUGGGCAGCCCUGAAGGGGGGGGGAUCUCCCCUUAUGAAGGCGAGGCUCCUCAGCCUCAUCAGAGGAACUCUGCCCACAUUUUCCCUCCCGCCCCCCAGUACGCCUCUGCACCUCCUUCCCAGCGCCGGCCCUCCAGGAAGUUAGUUCUGGAACUUGCAGUCAACCUAAAGGGGGUGUCAUUGAGGCGUUCCCCCCCCUCUGGGUCCCCGUCCCCCCUCUCCCCUCAUGCGUUUCCCAGCGGCUCUCAAACACCUCGUGGUCACGAUGGCGGGACGUCCCCUUCUCUUUCCGUCAGGGCCGAGGACAGCAGGCGGGGGGGGGAGUCAGACUCAGUGAGGUCAAGGAAGGAGGGGCCACACACGGCCGCUGCCCCCAUUAAGUGACCUUGAAGUCCACGCGCCGCAGAGCCCCCGUCUUCACUGCCCCCAGCGGGGUUCAGAGCAGUCCUAGGAUGGGGUCUGUUACCUCCUGGUGGGGUAAAUAUCUCAGUUUUUGCCCCGCACUAGAACAAACAUCCACAGCAUUGCCUUCACAAACCGCAGCAAACUGUGAGCCGAAGAAGCCUUCAGAGUCUCUGCUGAGCAGCCAGUGCAGGUCCGGGUCUCAGAACCCAAACCGACCCGAUUCUGAUAAAUCAGAACCACUUUCAGAUCCAAAAACAAGAACGUGACCUUUGAGAAGAAGAUGGGUUUGAGGAUCAAAGGGUUUCUGCUCUUCAGGGCAUCUGGACUCUUUAGUUCUUCACUUCAGUCCAGUUUCUCUGAAAAACAGAAGAACCCGACCUCAAAAAUAUAUGUAUAUUUUUUGUAAUAUCUGGACUUUCUUUUCAGAUCAAACACAGACAAAAUUUCAUUUAGAUUGAUUGUCUUUUGCAUUCAUGGUUAUUUUUUUUUUUGUUCAUGAAAUUUCCACUCAGAAACACGGAGUGCGGUUCUGGUGGAGAACUGCAGGAUUCUGAAACGUGGUUCUGUAAUCUACAUUACUGUGGAAGACAACAUUUGCCUGCCGUUUCCUCUUUCUGGCCUUUUUCAUCAAACAAGAGCUUGACUUAAAGAUAACCAGAGUAAAAGAAAAGUCUGUUUUUUAUCAUAUUAUUUAAUUUGUUGUGCUGAUAAUUCUAUUUAUCAAGGUAAAACACUGUUCAAACAAAUGACUGUACAUGAGAACUGGACUGAGUGACCCCUCUCCCUUUGGUAAACAGGAAGUACCUGAUGGUUACAAGAAUAAGCAGCUGUUCCUCUAUUGGUCAGAUUGGUCCAUUCUUGAUCAAAUACCUUUUUUCGAUCCCUGCUCCCUGAUGUCGUCUGGCUCCAAGUUGACUCCAUGAGGCUGGAGCUGCGGGGAACCGUUUUCCGUGGAUGACGCCAUUCUCACUCCGUCCUGUUCUCAGUUACAGUCACCCGCUGGGCCCCGUGUGAGAAAGUUAUUGCCCCGCACCCCCAAACCUGAUAGCUGUAAGUGUCUCUUCUCGCACCCAUGUCUGUGGUUAAUCCUCUGCUUGUGGUUUUUCCGUAUGGAGGAAUUAGUUUGAGACAUUUUUCAGCAUAAACUGGUUAAAGAGCUGCAGAACAAUCAAAAUCCAAGAAGAAAUCGAAGAAGGAAAAGAAGCAUCAAAGUCCGACUUAUAAAUGCAAAUGAAGCUGAGAAGGAGCUCAUUUCUCUGAAUGCGUGACCUCAGAGCUGAUCUGUGGCUUUGGACCAGCAGGCGCCGGCAGAGGGCGGUUCAGCCUUGCAGACCUGGAUGAGGGUUUUCAGGUGCUGUUGAGGUGAGCAGGUGUCAAGGCUCUACUUUGAUGACCUGAACGCCGCUGUCACACGGGUCCCCUAUUGGCUGGUUCAAAAUGACAUGUUCUGCUUUUUUGAUCACGAACCGUGACCCUAACUGAGUCGAGCACUUUUCUCCCUGUAGUUCUGCUGCUUUUUUAAAUUCCUGGAUGGCUUCUUGUUGAGUUCUUUGAGUCUUUUUGAUUUGCUGAACUCUCCUCAGGUUCUCAGAGUUUUCUCCAUGUUGACUGGCUGUGUUUUUCUGAAGUUCUGAAGCUACAGAAAGAUCAUCAAAGCCCUUCAGCCGGACACAUGUCCCGAUUGUUGAUGGUGAGUUUCUUCAUAUAUCUCAGCAGGAAGUGCCUCUAUAUCUUCUCUUUAGAACACACAGAUACAGCGAUUUCUUGGUGGAAUUGGUUUGAGAGUUUUUGUUUUCCAAGAAUCCUGAACAAACUCAAUUAUCUUUUUAUUUCAAUUAUCUUUUUAAGGCUCGUUUGAUGAUCUGAAUUUCAAAUGAUGGAAUUUAGGGCUCCUUUGUUAUCUUGAGGAUAGGUCUUUUAAAUUAGGUACAUGUUCCCCUAAACUCUCAAAAAAUAAUUUAACUUCCACAUGCAAAGAUCAAUUUAGUAUUUCUUUUUUUCUGUUCUAUAGAAAUGAUGCUGUUUCCAUUUUUGUUCAGGCCAGCUGAUCAUUUCAUUUCCUCAGACCUUCAGUUUUGAAGGAUUCUGCCUGGACAUUUGCUUCAGCUCAGAUGGUUCAGAGAUCCAGAAAAAAUUCUGCUCCGUUUAAUCAGUCAUGCCAGAAAACACCUGAACUGUGGAUUUCUAAGAACACUUAUCUAUUUUUCUGAUGAGACAGCAGACUUUUUUUUUUGAGGAGCUCUAAAGCCUGAUGUAUGUAACUUUGAAACAAUGUACAGUUUUUGGGGUGAACCUCUUGCAAUGAAUGUGGUUUAAUUUGUGUGGGUGUGGAGGGUAACAGAUAUCAUUUGUGCAGUACAAAAUUGCCUUUUUGUGUCCCUUUUCAUAAGAAAUGUCAGAAUUCUUUUACGGGUUUACUAGCAGACGCUUCUACAUGAUGAAAUAUUUGGGAUGCACUUUUUGUUUGUUUCUUAUUUUGGUGAUCGUUUUUGCAGAAAAAUGAACUGAAAAAAUGUUUGAAUAAGAAAUCCAUUACUAACCUCUGCACCUGCCUUCACUUUAAACCCCAUCGGCUUCUUUUUGGAUGAAAGUAUUUUUCAUUUAUUACAAGAUUAGUAUAUUUUCUGCAGAGAGAAAUGCCAUGAAAUGCCCGUCCAGCUUUCUGCUUUAGGUUGUUUUUGCUUCACGGUGCCUGAAUUGAAUAAACCUAAAAAGUUCA